UGGUGAUGUUAUUCCGACAUGUCACUCAGGAUAUAGCGACUGUAGAUACCUACCAUAUACAACAUAUACGCCAACAGUCAGCCAGAUCAGUCCCUUGUCAGGUCCACAAGGAACGUUGUUGACCAUAAGAGGACAAAUAUUUACUUCUAAAUACGGCAUGAACGCCAGCACUAAUGGAGACACAGAUGAUGUAGCAAGGGUCACAGCAGGAGGCGAUAUCUGUGAAAUAACAUCUUCUAAUGGUCAGAGCAAUGGUAUCAUUCUGGACGAUAGCGGGGAAAGUAAACAAGGUGUCUUGACCUGCAAGAUGAGUAAAUUAGGAUCAAAAAUAGGAAAUUUGAAUGUUAGCUACACGUUAACAGCUCGUGGAAGAUCAAAGACAGAUUUGAAUCUUUAUCGAGUAUCCCGAAACGGUCAGAUAUUCAUGUUCCAGAGUUAUGCAGAAAUAAACUCAGUUACUCCAUCACUUGGUAGUACAGAGGGAGGAACAGUUAUAACCAUAUCUGGGAGUGUUUUUGACGAGACCAGUACUGAGGCAGUUGUCAAAGUUGGGGAUACACGAUGUCGUGUGAUAACUAUCAAUGCCACAACAAUCAUUUGUAAAACAGCCCGGAAACCAGAAAUACCCCAUCAACACUACCCAGGAAACAGAGGAGUCAGUGUUGAGUCCUGGAAGGACACACACGAAAGCAACCUAGAAAAGGUAAUGAAUUUGAAUGAGAGCGCGAGUGACUAUCAAACAUCGUUCUCUGAUACAACACGCAUCCCCGGUUACAAUACAUCUAGCAGCUAUGUCAACCGAAUGAGAGGGUUUUUCUAUCCCCCUUUUGAUGGUCAAUAUCGGUUUGUUAUCACGUCAGCUGCAGGAGUACAGUUCUACCUUAGUACGGAUACAGAUCCAGCAAAUGUGAAGCUGGAAAUUGAUAGAGAUAUCGGAUACACAGACACAACUCGUGCCAUUUUACUACAUUCAAAUCAAAGUUACUACAUGGAAGUGUUGUUUAGACAAAGCACUAGUGCAACGGCCGUGAAUGUGGCGGUUCGGCAUUUAGAUAGCAUAGUCAAUCACCACAUGGCUGGGAACGUGCAACAGGAGCAACAACGAAUACACUUUUGGACUAGCACUGAGAACGAGAAACAAAGAAUAACGAUUCCAGACAUCAUCAACCAAACAGCCGUUCACGAACAGCAGCAAAUAAUUGUAGACGCAAACGAGGGGAGGUUUCGGUUGGGAAUGUACGGUGUUUAUACGGAGAUCCUCAUUGUUGGUGCCCCGGCGAUUGAAAUAAGGAAUGCUCUGCAGGCCCUUCCGGUAAUUGAUGCAUCUGAGACUGUGUCUGUCAACAUGACUUCCCAUGGUGAAGGGUUAAAGUACACCGUUACCUUCAUAUCUGAGAGAGGUAGUUUCCCUUUACUCGAAAUAAGGGAUUUAUCAGGGUCUAUUCCCAUCGAAGUACUAAAAACAAGAGACGGCCGGCCGAGCGGUAAAAAGAUAGGACUGUUUAUGGCCGGUACACCUGCACCUUUAAUAGACAGUGAUCCAUCACAAGCACAGGUUGAAGAUGCCAUUGAUCAAUUAUUCACAGCACGGUGUCCAGCAUACUGGACCGAACCUAAAAAGAGACAAAUCAUCAGCAAGCUUUUUGCGGAAAAGGAGCGUUAA